AUGGGGCCCCAGCUUGCAGCUUUGCUGACUACACCCUACUCGGGCCUAGUUAUUACCCUGAGGAAAGCUGAUUUGGGGGCUCAGUGGGGAGCACUGGGCUGCGGUCUACACUUGCAUUCUGAGGUGGUGGAGUCAUGGCUAAAAUUUUGCAGUACUUGGACUUUUCUCAAGAAGCGUUGCACUUCUUGUCCCGACGGGGGAUUACCGCAGAUCGCAGCCCAGAAUCUGCGGAGGCGCCCCGUUUCAUCAACAGCAGGGACUGAAACUUCAGCCCAGGAGAAGCCAAGAUGGCACCGUUAUCGCACCCUGGGAAUCGAGGACCGGGAAGAACUUAAUGAUGCGAUUCCUCCCGUGAUCUCAGUGAUUGUAUCUGGCGAAAACGAGGAGGGCAAAAUACCGUCCAAAUGUAAACAAGGAGCAGCCGCACCAGCAGCGCCAGCAGAAUGCCGCGGGAGUGCGGCAGGCCCUGGCCCCAUGGACAAAGAGAAACUCGACAGUGGCAGUGGCCACGAACUCAGAAAGCCUGAGGACAGUCAGCAGCUCCUCUGGCUCUUCACUUUCACACUGGUGCAACUACAGGAGCUGAAGAACAUUUUUCAACUCGUUCCAUACCCGGACGUGUUAGGUAAGUGGCAUGCUCAGGCGGCACCGACUUUUCACGGAGCAGGGGCUGGGCUCAGGGCUUAUUCUCUUUCCGCAGGCCCCUUCCAAACCUUUCUGAGCCAAAGGCUACCUAGGGGUCUCAAGGCUGCUGGGGCCUGUUUGCCCUUGGGCUUCAGGGUAGAGGCAAUGCCUCCUGGACACCAAGGUAAAUAUUUUCAAGCAACAUUUAAAUGAAUCAAGUGGGGAAACUUUGGCCUGACAACUAGGUUUGUAUAAGUAGAAUUUGAUUGGAACAAGAACCAUGAUCAGGGUGAGGAGAGUAAUGCAUGCUCGUGCAAGUGGAUGGGCAAAUUCUGGUUUUAUUUAAAUAUUUGAUAAUUUGCUCAUAAUAUUUUUGAUUUUUCAGAGUAGUGCAAAAAGUGUUAUUUUUCUGGGAUCCUGAGUUUUUUUGUGCCCCCUUACAUUCACUAUGGGGGAAAAUCAUCCCUAAAGAAAGCCUCAAUCUGGAUAUUACAAAAUAGUGUACUUGAGGAGAGGUGUUGGGAGAUAAGUAUUUAAAAGCAAGCUUGAAAUGAACAACAUAAAUUUUGUUUCAUCCACAAGGCUAAAUACUGAAUCUUUGUAGUUUUCUCCUACCAGAAAGGAACUUGUAAGAUGCAUGAGCAUGACUGAAACCAGUGUGCAGGUCACUAUA